AUCGACUGCAGUGAAGUAGCAAUAUGGCGAUCAUAAGUUGCAGCAGGCCGAAAGUUAUAAUACUACAAUGAACAAAACAAGAAACAUUGUGUGAAGUAAUAACUGUAUAUUAAAGUUAUAAUUCGGCCAAAUGCUUUCGUAGCAAUGACACUGCCAAUAAACCAUUUUAAAUGGCACUACAGAUUCCGUUGAAAUAUCUGUAAAACCCGACACGAAACAAAAUAAUGAAUUCCUUUAUAGAACUAUACACAAUAUUCUUAACACUGACAGAAGAACGAAGAAACAAUUUAUAGAUUCUUCGUCGAACGAAGUUUCCUAAUAUAAGAAAAUACAUUAACGAAAUCUUUAUGGCCUAAUGCACUAUACAUUGAAAUAAUAUUCAUCAUAAAUUUUUAAUAUUUUGUUCUGAAAAUCAAUUAAACAAAAAUGAACCGAAUAGAUAAUGGAAGUGGUUGGCAUGAAUGUGUUAAAUGGUUAACAAGAUGUGGAGCUUUGAGGGCAGAUCAUAAAGCAAAUUGGCCAGAGGCUACUGCUGUUGAUUUAGCAUAUACAUUAAGAGAUGGUGUAUUACUAUGUAAUCUUCUAAAUACAGUGGAUCCUGGUUGUAUAGAUAUGAAAGAUGUAAAUCAAAAACCACAAAUGGCACAAUUUUUAUGCUUAAGAAAUAUAAAAGUAUUUCUAUCAGCAUGUUCAACUACAUUUGGCUUAACUGAUUCUGAACUUUUUGAACCUUCUAUGUUAUUUGAUUUAUCAGAUUUUCUUCGUGUAUUACAUACCUUAUCAGUUUUAUCAAAUUGUCCUCGUUUGAGACGUAAAGGUAUACUUCCCACAACAGGAGUGGGGACAUUUACCAUGAAAUCUAAGGGUAUGGAUGUAGAUGAAUCCCAAGUAUAUCAGGAAUUACUUUGCUUCUCGAGUAAUUCUCAGCACGACUGGCCUUCCACAGAGAAGCCGUGAAGACGAAGGUCGUCGCAGAAGAUUUAGAAGGCGAGAAGGAAAUGAAGCAGGUGGAGGAGGCGACAAUGAAGAUCCAGUUGGGGAAGAAGAUGGAUAUGGAGCAUAUUGCAGCCAUGCACAAAGUGAAGAAAUCUACCAGGACCUUUGUAGUCUACACUUGCCACCUCCUCCAUCUGUUGCACAGGAUGGUGCAAUCUGUGGCGGUGAAAAAAGGGAUUAUGUAAUACAAGAACUUGUUGAAACAGAACGAAAUUAUUCCGAUGUCCUUAACAGUUUACUUAAACAUUUCGCAAGACCCCUUUCCCCGUUACUACGACCCGAAGAUUCUGCACGUAUUUUUUUUGGUAUAAAGGAACUUGCAGAAAUUCAUGCUGGUUUUCAUAGUCAACUUCGGAAAGCAAGGACCGGCGCCGCUUUAGCGCAGGUUUUUCUCGAUUGGCGAGAAAAAUUCCUUAUUUAUGGCGAUUAUUGUGCAAAUCUUACCCUCGCUCAAAGCACAUUGCAAGAAGCAUGUGUUCGUUAUGAAUUAGUUAAUCAAGAAGUUAUUAGAUGUCAACAAGAAGCAAAUAAUGGCAAAUUCAAAUUGCGAGAUAUUUUAUCUGUUCCAAUGCAAAGAAUAUUAAAAUAUCACUUAUUGCUUGAUAAACUAGUAGAAGAAACUCCUUGUGAUUGGCUGGAAGAUAGGCGUCAACUUGGAAAAGCUAGAGAAGUAAUGGUUGACAUAGCACAAUAUAUUAAUGAAAUAAAACGUGACUCAGACACAUUGGACAUUAUAAGAGAUAUCCAAGCAUCAAUAAUUGAUUGGGAUGUUCCAGAGGAUGUGCAAUUAAAGGAUUUUGGGCGAUUACUUAGAGAUGGAGAGCUUAAAGUAAAAGCUCACGGUGAUCAGCGAGUAAAAGCUCGUUACGCAUUCGUUUUCGAACAAGUAGUAUUAAUUUGUAAAGCGGGUAGAGGAGAACAAUAUUGCUAUCGUGAGACAUUACGUCUUGAUGAUUAUCGGUUAGAAGAUCAUACAGGAAGACGAACACUUGGCAGAGAUUCUCGGUGGUCUUAUCAAUGGCUGUUGGUCCAUAAACAAGAAUAUACUGCAUAUACUUUAUAUGCAAGAACAGAAGAACAAAAGCAAAUGUGGAUCAAAGCAUUGCAAGAUGCAAUGGAUAAUGUUAAUCCCGCCGCAUGUCGCAAUACAAAUCAUAAAUUUAAACUUACAACAUUUGACACACCACGUAGUUGUCAACGAUGUGGUAAAUUUUUAAAAGGACGAAUUUUUCAGGGAUAUCGAUGUGAGACUUGUCGUUAUGCUGUACAUAAACAAUGCAUUGCACAUUCGGGUCGGUGUAUGCCAAUACCUCCGCCACCUCCGCCUCCACCACCUCUACCAUGUGAACGUGCCCUCUCGGUGAAAUUAUGGUUUGUAGGAGAAAUGGGACGUGAUACAGCAUCAAAUAAAUUAGAACCUCGUGAAGAUGGUACUUAUAUGCUGCGAGUACGACCUGCUGGACAACCACGUUUGAAACACGAAACCAAUUAUGCUCUUAGUAUAAAAGCAGACGGAACAGUAAAACAUAUAAGAGUAUUUAAACGCAAUGUUGAUGGUGCUGACGUAUAUUAUCUUAGUGAAUCUCGUUUUUUUAAAAGCGUAGUUGAACUUGUUGAAUAUUAUGAGCGGGCAUCGUUAUCAGAAAAUUUUGAAAAGUUAGAUCAACGCUUGCUAUGGCCAUAUAGACGUGUCUUGGCUAAAGCAUUAUUUGAUUUUCGCGGAGGAGAACGGAAUCAACUAAGUCUGCGGCGAGGUUGCAGAGUUGUGGUAUUGAGCAAGGAAGGUGAUGCCAAAGGUUGGUGGAAAGGAAAAAUUGGAGAUCAAGUAGGGUUUUUUCCAAAGGAAUAUGUUGAAGAAGAAUAACCAUAAAUUAUACUACUUAGAUAUUUUACUUAUAUGGUAGCACGACGAUCAAAAAUAUUUUACAUAUUAAUCAUAGCAUCGUGCAAUCAUAUUCUAUUAAAUUUAUGCCUCAAUGGAGAACAAAAAAAAAUGUUUUACAUUAUAUAAAAUAUAGAAAGAUUUAUCUUCACACAUAUUAGUAUCAUUAUAAAAAUAAAAUUUUGUUCUCUUUAUUUGAGGUUGUACUCUAUCACAAUCAUAUAAAUAGAAAGUACAUAUUCGUAUACGGAAACCGAACGCAUAAAAACAAAUAUCUAGCUACUUAUAUAGAUCAAAAAAAUUAUUUUCAGUAUAAUAUAACAGUACGAAUAAAGUUUAGAAAAGUCAUAAAGAUUAAAGUUGUCUAUAUAUUCUUAUAUAUUAGAAUCAUACAAAAAAUUUAUCGCAAGAUGUUUAUAAUUCUGGACAGCUUUCACCUUUAUGACCAUAUUUUGAAUCAGUCAAUUGCCAAGACUCAAUUGUAUAUAUUGUAAUUCUGUACUGUUGAUAAUAAAAAUUUUAGCUAUUUCUUAAAUAUAAAUAUACACAUACAUAAACAUAUAAAUAAUCAUUAUGUGUAUUAUUGUAACAAAUUAAUUGUAUUAUUUUUUUAAUUAUUACACAUUUUCUGAUUGUGCCAAUAAGAGAAUAAUCAAUAAAACUCAGAUUCUAUCGAGACAUUAAACAAAGAAAAAAAAUAAUAUGUAUCUAUGUUUAUAAUUCUAUUCUGUGCUUUUUAUUAGCAUAUAUAAUAGCAGCUACUUUUUGUUCUAGUCUUUUGCAGCCAGUAGUUGCAUAGAUAUUAUGUGGAGGAGGUCCAAAAAUUACAUAUGAUAAUCCUUCUUCUAUCAUUUCAUUAGUAGGAUGUACUCCUCUGUUUAUAAAAGCUUUUUUUAAACACUUCUUCACAUGUACUUCUUCAAGUGGUAAAAAAGGUACAUAAUGAUCUAUAACACUAGAGUCUAUUGUAUCACUAUGAUAAAAACCACCCUUUUCAUUAAAUGCUCCAACACUUAUUAAAUUUUCAAAAUCUUGAAGUUUAGUUGUUUUUCUCUGUUUACCUUCCUCCCAAAGUGUUAGUAAACGCUGAAUAAUCCGUGAACUCCCUGUAUUGGAUAAAAAUAUGUAAAUUGCUUUCCUUGUAUUUAUAGAAGUGCUUGUAAAUCUCCAUGAUUUGAUCCAUGUAUUAUAGUCCAAAAAUGGUACAAGAACAUUUAGUAAACCUUCUGGCAUUUUAUCCACUUCAUCAAAUACAAACAUUGAUCUUUCACAUUUUUGUAAACUAUUAAUAAUAAUAUUGUCUAAAACAUACCUUAUAUUCAUUCACUUUUUCUUGCAGAGGAAAAUCAUUACGGCCAUUAAAAAAGUGAUAAAAAUUACUUUGAUCACCCUUUUUAUAAAAAAACUUAGCAAUCAGUUGACUUGUAUAAGUUUUACCAGUGCCUGGUGGACCAUGGAAGCUCAUACUUAGAGCUUUUGGAGGAUUAGCUGAUGUUAAAUGUCCACGUAGAGCAUUUAUAAUUACACGAUGAGCAAUUUCUUGUCCAUAAAAUUCUUUAUUCAGAAUAUCAUCUAAUUUAUCAAUGUCGGGAGAAAUAUAUUCGCUUGUACAACAUUCUCCAAAAUUACAUUGUAUAUUUCUUAUUGUAUUACUGACUUUAUCAACUCCAGAUGAUAACAUUGACAUAAAUGAAAAUUCACAUUUUAUACAAGUAAUUAAUAAACUAAUAACAAUAAGUAUGGAUGAAAUGCCGGUAAGAUUCAUGUUAUAUUAUUAUUUAAUUAUAAAUUUAAUUGUAUUCUACAAAAUUUAGACAUUACUUAUUAAUGCAUAAUUGAAAAAUAAAAUAUUAAAUAAAUUUAUUCGUAAAACUAUUUGUUCAUAUUUCAUCAGUAAAAAUACAUUUGAUCUAAAUAUUAAUAUUCUUUAAAAAACUGUGUGCUGUAACCAUUAAUUUAAAACGACGAUUUCCUAUUGGUUCAACUUUAAAACUCACAAGUUUACUUUACUAUUUUGGACAGUAAAAACUAAUAAAAAAUAAUCGCAUAAAUAUAUAAAAAGAAUUGAAACAAUUUAUAUUUUAUAUUUAAAUAUAAGUUUUUAUAUAUCAAUAAAUACUUUUAAUUUAUAUUAUUGCAGUAUGUUAUAAAAAUAUUGAAAUUUUGUAAUUUAAUAUUAUCUAAAUAUUCCUAAAAUAUUUAAUUUACAUAUAAACAUGCAUCCCUAUAUUGUUGAAGUAAUGUUUAUAAUUUCUAAUAUCAUGUUGUUUAAAAUUCGAUUAAAAUAAUUUGCAUGAGAAAGAUAUUAUUGAUAACCUUUAAAAAAUAAAUAAUUUUAUAGAUUUCGUUGGCGCUUAAUAUUACUAUCAUGAGUACAAGGUUCGAAACAUUCACUGACCGAUUCACUGAAUUCAGACUGUAGCUACAGUCGUAACUAAAGUAUAAGUUGAACAAGUGGAAUAAAUUUUUGCGUAAUUUGUAUUUUUCGAACUAAGUUUAACAUAAUAAUACUCUUAUAUACGUCAUUUACUAUAUAUUGAAUAUUUCAUUCAUUCCCUUCAGCAAUAUCUAUAUAAUACUCGUAUAUCUAUUGUAAAAUAUUUACUGCAAAGAAAAAAUAUGGCAUCCGAAAAUAACACUCUUGAUACUGCUUAUACCAAAUUUUAUACGCGGGAAGAAGUUGCUAAACAUAACGAUAGUAAAGAUUUGUGGUUUAUUAUUCACAAUAAAGUUUACAAUGUGACUCAAUUUAUAAGUCAUCCUGGUGGAGAAGAAGUUCUUUUGGAACAGGGUGGUCAAGAUUGUACAGAAGCUUUUGAAGACAUUGGCCAUUCAAGUGAUGCAAGAGAAUUAAUGGAGAUAUUUAAAAUUGGCGAAUUAGUAGAAUGGUUCUUGGAGAUCGUGGCUGAUUCCAAUUGCUCUUGGGGUAUUGGCGACUCUUGUCUACCGUUAUUUUAUUAAGGCACAUUGAAUUGUUCCCAAUAUUUAUUUCUUUUGUAAUUUGUAAUAUAUAAACAAUUCGAAAUAAUUAAUCAAAGAAUAUUACAUAUAUUGCACAGUUUUGUUUUAUGAUAUGAAAUUGCACACAUAAGCUGGCCUAGUAUAAAAACAUUUAUAAAAUUCAUUUGUUAUAUUUAAAUUUUGGAAUAUAUAAUCAUAAGUGUGCGUGUUUCAUGCAUAUGUAAUAACGUGAAUAUAUUAACUAUAAGUACAAAAAUAAAUUAAUUUUAUUUACAUAUUGACAUCAAAUUUCCAUUGAAACAAAGGAACUACAGUUCUAAAACUGAACAGAUUCUAAAAUUAAAAUAUUUUAAAAAUACAUUGAUUACAUUUGCCAUUCUUAUUGUAUGUACAAAGAUGUUUACAGUUAAUUAAAAAAUAUAGGAGUAAAUUAAAAAUUAUUUUUUAAAAAAAUAUAAACUUAUAUUUGCAUUUAUCACUGUUAAAAAAUAUUUAAAAUUAAUUAUUGUGUACAAUUGAUAACACGAUAUUUUGUAAUAACGUGAGAA